AUGUUCAACCGGUUGACUGGUAUCAAGGAAAAUGUCUACCCCAAAGGCACACAUUUCAUGUUGCUAUGGUUUGAGAGGCCAAUCAUCUAUGACGUCCGUGCAAGAUCCUACCUUGUCGAGAGCAUCACCGGUACUUCAUCUCGUUUAGAUUUGUUUCCUCAGGAAGCAGAAGCUGGUGCUGGAGAGCUUGGAAUGCUUGAUUUCCUCAGAGGCAAUGAUCAGGGACGUGGAUGCUAG